CUUCAGCAUCCCGGGGCUUUGUAGGUUUCGGCCGUCUGAAGUUGAGUGAACAGAAGUGCGUUGGUUUGCUUUGCGGACGGAUGCGCCACAUCCAAUAGGGCGGACGAAGUGACGUGUCACUACAAGGCGGCAACCUUCUCGACGCAGGGUGCCGCCAAUGCCUCGACAGUCCACCUGUGGGGAGGACCGUUUGGGUGUGUCCGUGCCGGUUGGAUGGAGGGUUGAAUCGGUCGGGAAAGAGACGCCGAACCGCCAGAGAGACGAGCAACAACCGCCACGCUCCCUCCCCGCGUCUUCUGCCCCGUCUGACUCGAAGGUGCAAUUCCGCGUCAACUAACGAAUUAGCUCACCACUUUGGACAUUUCCGACUCGGACAGCGAAGAAGUCGUCACAAUGCCGGUGAGAAGGGGCCAUAUGGCGCCCCCAAAUACUUUCUUGGACACCAUCAUCCGAAAGUUCGAGAGCCAGAACCGCAAAUUCAUCAUCGCCAACGCCCAGGUGGAGAACUGCGCCAUCAUCUUCUGUAACGAUGCCUUCUGCGGGCUGUGCGGCUACAGCCGGGCAGAGGUCAUGCAAAAAGCCUGCACCUGUACCUUCUUGUACGGACCUCUCACUAAAAGACCGGCGGUGGCUCAGAUGGCCAAAGCUCUCCUGGGAGCCGAGGAGAGAAAGGUGGAGAUUACUCUCUAUACCAAAGAAGGAGUUUGCUUUCACUGCCUCAUCGACGUGGUCCCCGUGAAGAACGAAGACGGUCGGGUCAUCAUGUUUAUCCUCAACUUUGAGCUGCCGGCGGACAUCCGACCGGCCAACAGUUCUCCAGCCAGGGAGCUUAGCAGAGUACUGCGACUCCCCUGGCUGACUUUGGCUCGACGGCAGCGCCUGGGCCUCUUCCUGGGCUCCUUCAGAUCCAGGACGGGCGUCUUCUCGCGGGACACGGACCUCAGCACUCCAUGUGCUGACCUCCCUCCCCUGGGCCACGAGUCAGUGGCCCUGGAAAAACUCCUGUCGCCCCCCGAGAGAGAGCAGCUGCGGGAGGCCGGAGCCGAGCUGCUGCUUUGGGACAAAGAAAAGGUGCGCGACGAGGACGCGUGGCGCCAAAGCGAGGGCCACGGAAAGAGAAGAGAUGGCCACCUUUGGGCCUUGAAAUGGGAAAUGAGCGCAGAGGGGGGCCAGUCGGACGCCGCCUCUGCAGACCUGCCCCUGCUCUCCUCGCGUGCGGCAACAAGGUUAAAUAGCAACUGUGGGAGUUUCAAGCUUUCAUCUUCACUGGAUGAUCUGAAGAGUUAUUGGCAAAAGGAGAGACACUUUGGACACGGCUCUCCUGCCACCAAUAGAAAGAGCAGCGCACCCGCUGGGACGUCAGACACCCAUACAGCCUGUCGGACUAACACUCAGAUGUCCCACAAAGCGGACGCUUCGAUGACACUUCCAGCGGGAGAAAUCAUACCUCCUUGCAAACUGAUGGGCAAAACCCACAAUGUCACUGAGAAAGUAACUCAGGUGCUUUCUCUUGGAGCAGAUGUGCUACCGGAGUACAAGUUGCAGACUCCUCGCAUCCACAAGUGGACCAUCCUCCACUAUAGUCCCUUCAAAGCGGUUUGGGACUGGGUCAUUCUGCUCCUGGUCAUCUACACGGCAAUAUUCACUCCUUAUUCGGCGACAUUUUUACUGAGCGACCAGGAGGAAGCGGCCAUGCAAACAUGCGGUUACUCCUGCUCUCCUCUCAAUGUCGUGGAUCUUAUUGUGGACAUCAUGUUCAUCGUUGACAUUGUCAUCAACUUCAGGACCACCUACGUGAACUCCAACGAUGAGGUGGUGAGCCAGUCGGCACGAAUCGCCGUGCACUACUUCAAGGGCUGGUUCCUCAUUGACAUGGUGGCAGCCAUUCCCUUUGACCUCCUCAUCUACCGCUCAGGAGAGGAGGUGGUUAGGGGAGAGGGAGAGACCACCACCCUCAUCGGCUUGCUGAAGACGGCUCGUUUACUGCGACUGGUGCGGGUGGCCAGGAAGUUGGAUCGUUAUUCCGAGUACGGCGCGGCCGUGCUCUUCCUCCUCAUGUGUACUUUUGCACUCAUCGCCCACUGGCUUGCCUGCAUUUGGUACGCCAUCGGAAACGUGGAGCGGUCCACCUCCGCCGGCAUCGGCUGGUUGGACACUCUGGCGGAGCAGCUGGGAAGGCCGUACAACGAGUCCGCGGCGGGAUCGGGUCCCUCCAUCCGGGAUAAAUACGUGACGGCUCUUUAUUUCACUUUCAGCAGUCUGACCAGCGUGGGCUUCGGCAACGUGUCCCCAAACACCAACUCGGAAAAGAUCUUCUCCAUCUCCGUCAUGCUGAUUGGCGCCCUGAUGUACGCCAGCAUAUUUGGCAACGUGUCGGCCAUUAUUCAGCGGCUGUACUCCGGGACGGCGCGCUACCACGCUCAGAUGAUGCGAGUUCGGGAGUUUAUCCGCUUCCACCAGAUUCCCAACCCUUUGAGACAGAGGUUGGAGGAAUACUUCCAACACGCGUGGUCUUACACAAACGGAAUAGACAUGAACGCGGUGCUAAAAGGCUUCCCGGAGUGUCUUCAGGCAGAUAUUUGUCUCCACCUCAACAGAUCUCUGUUGAAAAACUGCAAAGCGUUCAAAGGAUCUACUCGGGGCUGUCUGAGGGCCCUGGCCAUGAGGUUUAAGACCACCCACGCUCCCCCCGGUGACACCCUGGUACAUGCUGGAGACCUGAUAUCUGCCCUCUACUUCAUCUCAAGAGGAUCCAUCGAGAUUCUGAGAGGGGACGUGGUGGUUGCCAUUCUCGGAAAGAAUGAUGUGUUCGGGGAGCCAAUCAAUCUUUUCGCUUUGCCGGGGAAAUCCAGUGCAGAUGUGCGAGCUCUGACCUACUGCGAUCUUCACAAAAUACAUCGAGACGAUAUGCUUGAGGUUUUGGACAUGUAUCCAGAAUUUUCUGACUAUUUCUGGUCCAACUUGGAGAUCACCUUUAACCUCAGAGAUGUGAAUCAUGAACCUGCCGGACUAUUAAGUGCGGAAGACUCGGACUGUGAAGACCGCCGAGCGCAGCGGAAAAAACAGAGACCGCGUACCACUCCUUCAGGUGACCCCAGGAGAGGCGGAGGUGCCCACCGAUGCAUUCCCAGACACACUAAUUGGGCGCAAUGUGAGCACGGCCGCGCCAAAGACCAUCGGCACCGUACGCUGUAUGGUCCAGCGUCGCCUCGUGAAAUCGAGGCAGGAGAGUCCGAACCGGCCAGCCCAGUUCAGUUCUCGACGGCCGCCGCCGUCGCAGAGACGCGCGUCAAGUCUCCUGAAAGCGGCAUGAGAGAGAGGGCCCGUCAGUCUUUCAGAGGCGUGUCCGACAUCUUGAGCUUCUGGGCAUCAAAAGCGGAGCAAAAAUAUGAAGUGGUCCCGUGCGUUCGGAGCUCGGCCUCGCCCCCCCGUCGGCCAUCUGAGGAGCCCUCCGGCGCACCUCCCACUCCUGCCCCUCCCAUCGCUCGGGGGCAGAAGAAAGAGUUAGAGAACAGACUGGAGACUUUACAGCAACAACUCACCAGGUUGGAAUUGCGCAUGUCAGCAGACAUCGGGGUUAUCGUGCAAGUGCUUCAGAGCCAGAUGUCAACGGUUCCUCCUCCUGGCGACAAUACGUCGCCGGCACCCGGCGUCUCUUCUGCCACCGCGCGGCCUUCCGCCGAAGCGCUCCCGCCGAGCCCCACAAAGUCCACAGCAAGCGUUUGCAAACCACGGCCGUCCGCUGACAACCUACGUCGGCGCUUUCCAAUAUUCCAAAUCGGAACGCGUGGCUCUUCCAUGCCGCACUUUCCAAACUUCGAUCCACUUAGCCAGCCUUCUGCUCCUCCUCCUUGUCCCCUGGUACAAGAGAUCGGCGGCUGUCCCCCGCCUCCCUCCACCUCCGAUGCGCCAUCGUCGUCCGGGAGCCACCUGCGGCGUGGAGGAAAUCUCGCGGAUUUCCCCUCGUCAAGGCAAGACGAAACGCACGACGCGGCCGGUCCCGGGUGUUGA